CUGGACUCCUCACAGAUACAGGAAACUACCCUCUUAUGAAUCGUCUCGCUUUGCGCGGAGGUUUCAUGCCACACAGUUUAGUCCUCUGCCUUGGAGUGAAUACUGUGAUCUUCGGUGGUGAUGUGAUUCUGGAGAGCCCUGUCCACCCUGUGACUGAAGGAGAUCCUUUGACUCUGCGCUGUUUGUGCCAGAACUGUUUCUCAGCCUUCAGCGCUGAUUUCUAUAAAGACGGAUCACUCCUUCAGAGCCAGACUACAGGAGAGAUGACCAUCCCUGCAGUCUCAAAGGCACAUGAGGGCCUCUACAAGUGCAGACACCCAGAGCUGGGAGAGUCACCAGAGAGCCGCAUCAUGGUCAUUGGAUCUCCUUUCCCAGUGCUCAGACUGGUCUGUAUUCUACUGAUGAUUUCUUUGUAUCUGGUGGGGACGAGCAUACUGGUCGUCAAAUGCUUCAGAUCGAACCGUCGAUCCCAAGUAGAGGAGGAAGAGACAAAUUAUGAGCUUUCAGAAAUGUAGAGUGCUGUGCAAAAUGCCACCUGGCAUGUUUUGCAUUAGCAAUGGUAAAAGGGACAUAUACAGCUUUAGGAAAAUUAAGAGACUAAUGACAUUUUUGAUGUUAUCCUACAGUUCCUGAGUGACAUUCAAAUGAUUUGAUGUCAUAUUCAAAUUUGUAGUGAUCUCUUAUUUUUGAAUAUGACUGUCAACUCAUUUGAAUGUCACUCAGCAUGACAUCAUUAAAAUGUGCAUUGGUUUCUCAAUUUUUUCCAGAACUGUAGGAUGGGGCCAGGAAAUUGAAUCGAGGAAAGUCUGAUACAUCUAUAUCAUAAGUUCAUAUAACUGUUUAAAUCCAGCUUGCUAUAAAACAAAUACAAAUGUGUGAAUGCUGCAAUAAAAUGUCAGCCUGUCGGGAACAGCUUAGAAUGUUUGCUUGAAACUUAAAAUGUUUUUGUUAGAUUUAAAUUUACUUGUUUAAUAUAUGAAGAGCUCAUUUCCAAAACGCUAUAUCCACCAUUUUAAUGCAUUUUCUUAAAUAUUGUAAUUUCAGUGGAACUGUAAUUGGAUUAUUGUUAUUGCACUUUUAUUAUUACCCGACAUACACAA